AUGUCGACCACGACCACGACCACUCAGACCACCACCUCUACGACCCUCUCCGGGGUUCAAGAUUCCUCCUAUGUCCCACGUGGACCGGUCACUACACAGCUGAAUUUCUUCGAGGCUCCGGCUGAUGGGGCAAAGCCAUUCAACUACGUUGAGAAACAGCCGGAAGGCCAGCCACAACGCAACUUCGGGGAGGUCGUGGUGGACGUGCAGGUGAACGACAUUCGAGGAAGAGAGAGCGAGUUUAGUCUGGACAAAGAUGCCUUCCAAGCCAUACAGGGUGUUCCAUCCGAAGAGACGGAGUUUGUGGACGACGAACACAUCAAGAAAGUCUACUACCCGGAGGUAGAGAAGCUGCUGUUGGACAAGGUGCCUGGCGCCCAUAAAGUCACAUUUUUCGACCACACCAUUCGCCGAUCCAACCCGGACGCGCCUCGCGCUCCAGUGACUCGAGUCCAUGUCGAUCAAACAGGGCGAUCGACCGCAUGGCGAGUCCAGCUCCACGACCCAGAGGAAGCGGAAGAACUGCUGAAAGGCCGCUAUCGAAUCAUCAAUGUCUGGCGACCUAUCAAUGGAGCUGUCCAGGCACAUCCUCUUGGGUUUGCUUCUGCCGACACAGUCGAGGACGAAGACCUGAUUCCCGUCGAGCACCGGUAUCCGCAUCGCACCGGCGAGACCGCCGCCGUGCGAUACAACCCAGGACAGAAGUUCUACUACUGGUCGGGAAUGGACAACGACGAGAGACUGCUGCUCAAGUGCUACGACAGCCAGGAAGGCGUUGGCAAGCGCGUCCCACACACGGCCUUUGUUGAUCCUCGAACCCCGCCGGGCGCCAAAGGCCGCGAGAGCAUCGAGGUUCGAGCAUUGGUGUACGGCUAA